GCGUCUCACGGAAUAAAAGAUGGGGGAACAUUCCCUUCAUUAUCGUUUAGAGGAUGCAGUUCCCGCUAGUAGUCUUUCCCUCUGCAUCUCCUCUCGGCCGCAGCGUCGCCGCCGCCGACUCUCACUGAUAAGGGCUUCGUCAUCAUCGUCUCUGCUCGAAAUGGUGGGAUUAUCCAUAGGAGAAAAGUAUUUUAUACAGGGUGGCAUUGCUCAGGACAUUCGUUCUAAUGGCCGAAAAAGAUUGACGCCUCGGCCCAUCAAUGUCAAAACUGGAGUUAUUUCCCAGGCAAAUGGCUCGGCAAGGGUCAGGAUGGGUGCUACAGAUGUCAUUGCCAGUGUGAAGGCUGAACUUGGAAGGCCAACUGCGCUGCAACCCGACAAAGGAAAGGUCUUUAUAAAUGUUGAUUGCAGUCCAACUGCAGCACCAAUGUUUGAGGACCAAUGCAUUUAUACUUAUUGUAAAGCUGUUGUUUUUUUCCUUCUGCAGGGUAGAGGGGGUGAGGAGCUGUCAGCAGAACUCUCGGUGGCUCUUCGAUGUUGCCUCUUGGGUGGUAAAAGUGGAUCUGGUGCUGGAAUUGAUCUCUCCUCUCUGGUAGUUGUGGAAGGAAAGAUCUGUUGGGAUCUUUACAUUGACGGCCUUGUUGUCAGUUCAGAUGGGAAUCUUCUAGAUGCCCUAGGUGCUGCUAUAAAGGAAAAGAAACUGAUGUUCCCAAAGGCUGCUUUGAGCGAAACAGGCAUUCCAAGAGUAAAUGUUGCAGCUGGUGCAUCAGGCAGCAAGGCUAACUCGUUUUAGUGAUGAGAUAACAGUAUUACUUGUAUGAAAGUUUUUGUGACAUUCUGCCUAGCAUUUGCAAUAAUUAUGACAAAGAAAUAAAGUUCUGUAUAAAUUUUCUGAACGUAACGAAAAUAAUCACUUCAUUUUGUUAAAAUUUUAAACUGUUCCCCUCUUCAUAAUUGCUAUGAUUUUGAAAAUAGACCCAUCAGCGUUAAUCUAUCAUAGUAGCCAUAUAAUACCGUUUGGCGUAGACAUGCAAAACUCGUAGUUUCAAUUCACGGUCAGCAUUAGUGUCAGUAUCCUUGAAUUCCAUAUCUGCCAGAAUCUGCUCAGCAUCAUUGUCAUACUCAUUUCAAACUCUUGCGUCUUGAAAUUAUAGCCGCUUAAUUCUGUCACAGAAGGUCCCUCUUCCACUAAACUCCUUAGUUUUUUUUCUCCAACGCUUCGGUCAACCUGAGUUUCUGCUGAUAACAUAACAUAAAA